AAUCAAUCUCCUUGCCGCUAGCUAGCUUGCUUGCUUGCUAGCUUGUUAGGAAAUCUUCGGUUCAAAGGAGGACUGUAGCGAUGUUUUAACAAGGAUACAAAAAUGCUACACUACAGCGGAACUGUGCCAGGACGAAAAGGCGCGGUCACAGGAGAAAAAAUACCAGCAGCUGAGCGCCAUCCCAGCUGUAGGCAUUCCCCGUCUUGUCAAAAUCCAGCGUCUCUAUGAUGCUCAUCAGACAGCUGACGGAGUGUUCAGUGCUGAACAGCCUUUCCUUGGGGACGUUCCUGUGAUACGGCCGUGACAGAAGGGUGCAGCAAAGCCGAGGAGUUGACCAACAAGUCAAGCCGACCAAAGCUCUUCUUCACCCGCUCGGCAGCUUCCCAGAUGUCCUCUUCCCGGUUCACGUCCAGCCUGAGAACCGUCAACCUGUCCGGGUUCUGCCCGGCGAGGCCCAGCAACUCCACCGCCGCGUCUGGAUUCCGACAUGUCGCUAUGACAGUCGAGGGGUUUUUGUUUUUUAAUAUAUGUUUGCAAAAUUGGAACCCCAGUCCACGGCUGGCACCUUGUAUGAGUGCUAUGGGCGCCGCCAUGACACAUGGAUGACGUCACGCCAGGCCGAAGCUCGUACAUUACAGUGUUUGUUGCAUUCGAGGUCUACUAAAUUGGUGGGAUAUCUGUAGAACUUGUCCGAAAAUUGUGUUCUACGAGCACGAGUCAUUAUGUCCUUAAACGCAAACGAAGGUUUACUUUAAAUGAUCAUUCAAGUACAAAUAAACAAUUCCGUGUCUAUAUAUUUUUGCACUGGAUUGUAACAAUGGGCACGUGAAGACAACAUGUUUCACAACAUCCAAAAUACACCCUUUGUAUGUCGUUAUUGGAGGUGUUUAGACAAUGUUUCUAUUAGUUAUUGAUCUAGAGGGUUAAAAAGACACAAGCGCAAAUAAACAAAAAACACAACAACCGUCUCGCCAAUGUCGUGUAUUUCAUUUUUAUGGCUGUGUUGGUUAUUCGGAAAGAAACUGCAAUAAAUGACUAUUUCACACAUUAAGCGUAUAUUAUGCAAAGAGCAAUCGUAUACCUGUACAAAUUCGAUGAAAAAUAUCACCACAGUACUCGUUUGACCACUACCCCGGAAGUAGAGCCUAGUUGCCUAGUGACCAGCAGACCAAUGAACAUGCAGCGUCAUCUUGCUAGCUUGUUUGAACGAGCUACUUGCUAACAAACUUACUGAUGACCGACCAGGGGCGUAUAAAAUGCCGCUGCCAAAACGAACUGGACCCCUGCAGCAGGUCCACAGAGAGGUGGACGACAUUAGAAGAAAGUUGGAUAGUCUGUUGAAAGAUGUUCAGAGUAAAGCUGAAAGCAAAGAAGAGGCCUUUCGGAGAUGCCAAGAACUUCAGACAUCAGCAGAGAAGACCCUCAAUGAUCUGACAAAACUGACUAAGGCCGAUGAGCUGGCUCCAGUGGGAAACUACGAUCAGAGGAAACUGGAAGAGGAAGGACGACUGCAGAACAUCCUGGAGCAGAUGAACAAGCUCUCUCUGGAGCUGUCGCCACCAGGACCAAGCUUUGAGCCACCAAGAGGUGACAAGCUGAAAGACAAAAACAGCGAAAAAAGUCUUGAAGACAGCGAUGACGACAACAGCGAUGAAGAUGUCGACAACAAAUGCUGCGGAGAUGAGAGUCAAGCUCCCAAACCGUCCUCUCUGUCGGAGCCUUGCAUCUACAUGGCGCUCAGUGAUUUCAAAGGGGACCAGGAAGGAGAUCUGUCUGUUCAGAAGGGGGAAAGAUUGAAUAUCAUCCGGAAGACGAGCGAUGGAUGGUGGCUGGCUGAGGACUCUAAAGGCAACAGAGGAGUGGUGCCGAGGACCUACCUGAAGAUUGGUUCCAAUAUCAGCGACAAAGACAAGGACGAAGAAGAAGAGGAGGAGGAGUCUGAAGAGGAUGAGGAGGAAGGUGAUUCCGAAGAGCUGGAUGAUGAAGAGAAGCACAGUGAUGCUACGCAUUCCAACUGGUCCACUUUCAGAAAAGCUCUGACAGAGAUUGAUGCUACAGAUGUGCUCUCCGCCAUGGGGGCCAUACCGUCUGGGUUUAGACCAUCGACUCUCAAUAAGCUGCUGGUGGAGGAAGAUGCCAAAUACAAAGGAAGUUUUCAAAUGCAGCCCCAGCUCAGCCAGUCACAGCUCUCCUUCAACGACCUCUUCUUGGAACCUGACACUGGCAGGGUCCGCUCACGACACGUUAAGACAUGCGUUUGUUUCACUCUGUGGAGCUGCAAGAGGAUUCCCACUCCCGGAGUCGGAGUCCAGGUCCUCAGCAGACACAUACGCCUCUGCGCCUAUGAUGGAACUCAGGUGCUGAGUAACAUCCACACGGUGCGGGUCAGCUACAAUACCAAGAGCCCCAAGACCUGGACAUUCUCACCCCGGACGUCUGGGCUUCUUGGUAGACUCACACGAGCCAAACCCCCAAUAUGUUUGUCCCAGACGGUAGGCGUCCUGCCCACUCUGCUCAACGGCGACUGCUUCCUGCGCUGCAACUCCGACAGUCCUGACCUCGGCAUCCUCUUUGAACUCGGAGUCACCUUCAUACGCAAUUCUACGGGAGAGCGUGGCGAUCUGAGCUGUGGCUGGGCUUUCCUCAAACUGAUCGACGCUGCUGGAAAUCAAAUACCUAACAGGACGUAUGAGCUUCCGGUCAGUGGUGGUACUCCCUAUGAGAAGGACGUGAGGGUGGAGGCAUCUCUUACUAAAGGAUCUCCAGCAGGUGUUUUCCAGCAGAUGCUUCAGGCCAGACGACAGCCCACACUCAUCAUCAAGCUACAGUCGCCCGGAAGCCGCACCAAAGCGAGUCUGAGUCUCCUCCCAGACACGCUGCUAUACUGUCUGAGCUGCGUCCACUUGUUGGCGCUGUACAGACAGAUACUGGCCGACGCCUUACUGGUGGACCGGGCCACCAUGCAGAACGCAGAUUUAAUCUGCAGUCCUGUGCUUUCCACUUUCCCGACCCUUGUGGACCAACCCGACCUGCUGGAUGCUGUCAGGAUGGCCUGGAUGAAUGCUGAAAGCAACAUGAGCCGCGGACAGAAGCGAGACGAGGCCUACUUGAAGCAGGAGUUCUUCAAAGUGUACAUGGCGUCGGCGUACUCCCUCCUCAACUCACCCACGCUGCCGGCCUACCGCUGGGCCGACCCCGUCUCGGAAGAGUGGCGAUCCCGGGUCAUCUCCUCCACGCUGGAAGAGCUGAAGAACGCCAGCGGCCAAUCGGGGAGCCAGGAGGCCUUCGCUGAGUCAGCGGCGCAUCAGCAGCUGGCCUUUGACGUCGCAGAGAUGACCUUUGACCUCCUGCAAGCGACACGGUAGAGGACGAGGACACUUUAAAAGACAUUUAUUGAUAUGGGGGACAUGUUGAGUUUGAAAGCACAUGUUCUGAAUAUGUUGUGUAAUGGUUUUUAUUAAAAACAUGAACCAGCUGAUAUCCUGAUUUCAGAGAUUACCAGUACAGAAAAUAAAUAUACGAUGUGCAAAGCGAUUUAUAACGUGUAUUAUUAAUUAUAAAAUAACAUUUUUAAAAUGCAGUGUUCCACUUGUCCGUUUUUUCUACUGUGGCUUUUUUUUAAUGAAAAAACUAAUUAGACUUAAAAAGAUAAGUCAGUUAUAAAAUGUAUGAUUAUUAAUUACAUACUAUUUAAAAAAAAUACAGUGUAUAACGUUUUGUUUAGUUUUUUAAAUAAUAAAAUUCGAAUGAAAAAUGUCAUUCAAAAAUAAAACUAACGUGAUUUAUAAAAUAUCAUUUAUUUCUUAUUGGUAAUGCAUUUUAAUAAUGUAACACCUGCUGGCUAAUUCUAGACAGCUCAAGGUAAGUCAUUCAUAUUAAUAUAAAAUUUUAUUCUAACAAACCAAUUUGUCCCCAAUGAAGGAACAACAUGCUGUUUUGUGCUGUUAUUUUUUCUCAAUCCUACCACUUGAAGUUGACGAGAUAUUUGGCUUUUAUUCGUUAUAAAAAUGGGCCCAGCACUUAACUACAGGGUCACUCUUGACAGCCACUAGGGGGCAGAUUCGUAUGGUUUCUGGGUAUGUUCCUAUUCAUUUCUUUGGCGGUUCAGCUUUAGCUUAGCGUUGACACACACUUUCUGGAGUUCACAUUUCUAGUCGAGUGCCAUGUUUGCUUACCUCGGUUGGAGUGUAAAAUGUUUGUAUUUCUGUUAAAUAAAGUUUUUUUCAAGCCUG